AUGAACGGUCCUCACGAUAAACUAGAUUUUGUUCCUGACCCGUCAACUCUGACCGGGAGCGAGGAUUUGAUGGCGAGAAGGAUAGAGGAGGACAGUAUCCUCGAGUACAGGGAGGAGGAGGUCAGGGAGGCUGCUCACAAGAAACUCUGGACUCAGUUUCAGCAGACAGCUGCUGCUCUGACCCAGCUAUACCGUGAACAGCCAGGACGGGAUGGUCCAGGGCCCAGAGAUGGACCAGCUUACAGAGACCAGCACUCGAGGGACCAACAUGGGACUUCCUGGCAACCUUUCCAGACUGCUGCUGGCAGCCUCACACUUCUAUACAGGGAUAGUUUGGAGGAGCAGAAGUUGAUUGGUGAAGUUAAUAGGAAACUAGGAUAUCAUAGAUCUAGGAGGGAUAUACUUACUUGGGCUAAAUCUAAAAGACGGUUUAUCAGACGUGAGGAACUUCUCUCAUUUCUGGUUCAAUGUUCUCCUGGACAAUCAGUUUCCCCUCUUGAGUCUAGCUUCGAGACAGGACUCAGCUUCAGAGGAGCAGAAACCAGAGCUCCAGCUCCUCUUCCCAGUCUCCAGGAUAUGCUGGAGCUGAGCAGACUGGAGGGAAUGGAGAGGUAUAAACGACCUGCUCCAUCCUCUCCCUCCAGAGAUGAGAAUAUGGACUCCCCGACUUCUAAACGAUCAAGAUUUAAUUAA